AGGUAUAUUUGAUUUCCCCGGCCUCAAUUUCGAUAAGACAGAUCCCACCAGACUGGUCUGGGUGGUGUGUGUUGAAACACGCGGCGCAACUCUCGCGUGGACAUUGGACACUGGACAUCCUACCUGCGUCUCCCGACGUUUCCUAACGCCUCCCCGUGCCACUUAACAGCCUUAUCAUCCCAACCUUCCUUAUCAAGCAUCCCAUAAGGUCCCAUAAGGUACCAUAGGGAGUUCCUCGAAGCAGUGGAGAGCGCAGAGAUCUGCAGUUCUCUGCUACGAUUCGACGUUGUAUUGCGGCAGCGGACCCUGUUCCUUGAGGAGGCAUUUCCCAGACUCCCCAUUCGGUAACCCAUCAUACCCCCUCUGUCCGGAUAUAGGUCCAUUACAUCACCUUGUCACCUUGUAGCCCGGUCCUACCAGGCGAGCCGUCAUUUGGCGUCUACCUAAGCGGACCCCCGACAGUGAUACGGCGAAGCCGACCUCAGCGAGGAAACACUGCUAGCGGUAUUGGGCGCAACCCGCUUAAUAAUUUCAGCCAUGUCCAGUCUUAGCACUCUUCCUCGGACGGCUCCUAUUGCUAUUGCUCCUAAACCUUUACAGCUAUUUCCUAGUCGCCCGCAUAGCAAGGAGGCAUCUUUUAAUAGUAUGAACAGUAAUGAUUCAACAGACUCAGAUUCUGCUGUAAGUGGUGGCGGAUCCCCUUGUGAAUCUUGUCUGAGAAGGCGAUUUAAGUGUGUCAUCGGGGACGACGACGAGAGCUGCAUCUCUUGCCAAGUCCACGGAAUCCCAUGCUCUUUAAACCAGAGCCCUCAGCCUCGUAAAAGAAAGCUAGCGCGUGACUCGACCGAAGAAAGUAACGGGAAAAGAGGCUCGCCCGCCAGGUCUGAUAACAGGAGAAGGCGGCAACGUCAGGCCAGCUUGUCAAGUACAACUGCUAGCACUUCUUUAAUCGAGGAGAUGGCUAAUUUUGGUGGCCCGACUUUGCUAAAGCGCUCUCUUGGCCUCCAAGAAGACCGUUAUAGCCAAUACAUCGGCCCUACCACCGACUUUGAACCCUCUUUGAUCAACCUGUCCCCAUUCGACCCUCAAGAUGAGAGCUUACUUGCCCGAGGUACUCUGAGAAAAGUGAGCGAUAAUGACACGUUCUUGGUAUUGCCUGAUAAUGCCACGCAUGGCCACGAGCAUCAGUAUGACGACACCGACGAGAUUCAACGGCUGGUGGCGCCCUACGGCCGCAAGUUAAUCGACCUGUAUUUCGAAGUUGUACAUCCGGCCUUUCCCAUUAUUCAGAAGACCAUCUUCUACGAGAAAUACGAUCGAAACUACCGGGAAUUUUCGCCUGCGUUGUUAGCUGCUGUUUACAUCCUCGCCAUUAAUUGGUGGGACCACUCGGAGGAGCUUUCUAAGAACCAGCGACCCAAUGUGCGAGAACUUGAGAGAUUAAUACGGUCUUCUCUGGCCGAUGCCAUGUGGCGACCAAAACUUUCCACCGUGCAGGCCGGUCUCUUGCUUUCGCAGCGACCUGAAGGGGACCAAUGGGCUCCGACCGCCCAGAUCGUAGCGAUUGCCCAAGAGCUCGGCCUCCACCUAGACUGCACGCACUGGAAAAUUCCACCUUGGGAGAAGGGGUUGAGGAAGAGACUUGCCUGGGCUCUGUACAUGCAAGAUAAGUGGGGAGCCCUUGUUCACGGACGACCAUCACACAUCUUUAGCUCCAACUGGGUCGUGCAGCCGCUGGCGCCAAACGAUUUCCCGGAAGCUGAGUUAGACGAACAGAAGCCGGAGGAGAAGAUGGAUAUCGAGAGAGGUCGGACGUUAUUUGUUCAGAUGAUCUAUCUUACCCAAGUCCUAGCCGAGAUACUGGAAACGUUCUACACGCUCGAAGCCAUGCAGAACGUCAGCAAUGCCGGUCCACAAGGUACCCACCUUGUUUUGGGCAUGGCAAAGCCUAUCCAGCUGAAGCUGAAAGAAUGGUACGCUGCGCUUCCGACCGCGAUCCGCAUGGACUCUUCUUUCCAGUCUGGCAGUGUCACCUCCACUCGUUUAUCGAGCAUCGGGUAUCUGCACUUGGCUUACUUCGCAACGGAAAUUACUCUGCAUCGUAGAAUAAUCCGGUCUCUAGAGACGGAAUCGCAGGCUGUCGAUCCCUAUGUUCAGCACAUAUGCCGCAGUGCUGCAAAAGCUCGUUUGAUAUCUGCUAUGGAUUUCGUCAAUCGUUUGACGCCUCAACAUUUGCGGUCUUUCUGGUUCUUUGCAUCGAAAACCAACUUCGCAUUAAUUGGUACUUUUGGGUCGCUUUUAUGGGCAACCUCUCCAGGUCGUGAGGAGGCCGACUGGUAUCGGCGUAGGCUUGGGGAAUACCGCUGGACUUUGAGCGUCAGCAGCAAGCCUGGCGAAUCCAAAGGCCUGACCGAAUUUGCAAUGGGUAUGCUCGACAUCUCAACCGGGUUGCUGAAGAAGCUCCCCGAGAAACCGGAAUUGAGCCGCAGCGGAAGCGCCAUUGAAUUCGAUCCCGGAAGACGACAGAGCAUUCUAUCCAUGGGGAUGAGUAGUUCUGUCGGGGAGCUUUACAGCGGAAUGGCUAGUGCGGACAUCAGCAAUAUCCACAGCCCAGAGAGCAUAGAUAGUAGCGAUGAAGACUAUGAUACGUUUGCUCCGAUGGCUGGAAUGGCCUCUAUGGGUGACUGAGCGAGUUGUAGGAGGGAUUCUCCUCUUUCCCCUUUUCGAUUAUUUUUGGUGCACUGUUAGAAUGGGGGUUGGGGAAUGAAGUAGGAAUAGAAAAGGACUGGG